AUGUCAUUGGUUCCCUCGGAAAGCAGCGCGUGUUUGAAAUUCGCUCUCCAACCUCAAGUGAAAAUGUAUCAGUACUUUCCGCUCCUCUCUAGUCCGCUUUCCAUUUUGGGAAUAUUCGUCUUCUUGGUGUCGUGGGCGUAUCAGACGGGUAAGAAGCGGCCCCAUUCCCGGCCUCAUCAUCGUGUCAAGCAUCCGCCUUUUCCUUUGCAAGAUGCCAGCCACGAAGAGAGUGCUUUCCUCCCCCACCACGACGAGGAACUGGAACACAUUCCUUAUAUACACGAGACUCUUACCUUGGAAGAAUCGAGACAGAGGAGUUUAGAGUUUUACAACCUCAUGAAUCGACGAAGAACUGUUCGAUUCUUCUCCAAUAAACACGUACCCAUGAACAUUGUGGAGAAUCUCAUUCUAACGGCAGGCACGUCUCCGAGCGGCGCUCACACGCAACCGUGGAUAUAUGUCGUGGUGUCAGACCCGGGAGUGAAAGCGCAAAUACGCCAAGUCAUCGAAGAAGAAGAAGAAAUAAAUUACAAGAAGCGAAUGGGAAAGGAAUGGGUAGCAGACCUGGCGAAGUUCCGGCUUAGUUGGGAAAAGCCCUACUUGACGAUAGCCCCACAUUUGAUCUUGGUUUUCAAGGAAAUUUACGGGUUCAAAGCUGACGGGACCAGGCAAACUAACUACUACAACGAACUCGGCGUCGCCAUUUCAGCUGGAAUACUCUUGGCUGCAAUUCAGAAUGCUGGAUUAGUGACUGUUACCAGCACCCCCUUGAACUGUGGUCCGCGACUGAGAGCAAUCCUUGGAAGACCCGCAAAUGAAAAACUCCUCAUGCUGCUUCCCCUGGGAUACCCGGCCCCAGAUGCCACUGUUCCGGAUCUCAUACGCAAGCCUUUAAAUGAAAUUAUGAUACGGAAGCCAUCUGACUACGAACAGAGUGGGAGAAUAAGUGAAAAAAUUACAAUUGAAAAUAAUACCUCCAACUUCUCAAAGGAAAAUUCAAGACAGUAUGCAUCUGGUGCACCUCCCCCACCUCCUCUGCCUCCUGCAUUACAGACACCACAUGGAGCUGCACAAAUAACUGCCCCAAAGACAUUUAUGGUGAAGUACUUAUGAUUAAAGCUUAAAUACUAUUAGAACUUAGUGAUGUGCCUUUUCCAAAGAUUGAAUCCCUGUCAAACUGCCAGCAAAUUCAAUAUUUAUAUCCUUAAUCCUUUCUAGACCAGCAAUUCCAUUUGGCACCACCAACUUUCAAAAAUUUUCUAGCCUCACAUUUUAAAUUGGUCAAAAUAACAGCUAUAUCAUCUUUACC